CCCGUCCACUGAUUUGUUUCUUUUUACCUAAAGGCUGUGUUCAAGCAGUGUAUCAUGGUGGGCGCUCGUUGGAACAGGUACAGCCACUGCGCACAGCCACUACCUGGAACAGGGCUACUUUUGUGAGCAACCACGCCAUUUCCAUCAGCUUUCCGCCUGUCCAUUCCCUUCAUCGAUUCUUCUGUUAAAUUAUCUCUUUUCAUUCGUCCACCAUGUCUUUCGAUAAUAUUCGCUCUCGUUAUGAAGCCGCUGGCCAAGGUCACCUCCUCAAUUUCUGGCCCAAGUUAUCCAAGCAGGAGCAAGCGUCACUUCUCACUCAGCUCGAAAAUCUCGACAUCGAGCGCGUCAAUAGAAUCUACCAGAAAGCCGUCAGCAGCGAGGCAAAUGCUGCCAACGCUACUGGCCAAGCCGAUGCCAUUGAACCACUGCCAAAGGGUGCAUCAGACUCCGUUGGCGACGCAGCCAAGGACCUCGAGUGGGGGAGAAUAGGUCUAGAGGCUGUUUCGCGUGGACAAGUAGGUGUCCUCCUCAUGGCGGGUGGCCAGGGAACACGUUUGGGUAGCAGUGCACCGAAAGGAUGCUACGAUAUCGGUCUUCCCUCACAUAAGUCUCUUUUCCAAUACCAAGCCGAACGUAUUUCCAGGCUGCAGACCGUUGCGGAGACGGAAUUCAAGAAGCCAGCUGGCAGCGUUGUAAUUCCUUGGUAUGUCAUGACUAGCGGUCCUACACGUCGGGACACCGAAGCCUUCUUCACCCAACAUUCACAUUUUGGUCUCAAACCGGACAAUGUCAUCUUCUUCGAGCAGGGUACAUUGCCGUGUCUCACCAUGGAAGGCAAAGUCCUACUUGACAGUCCUUCUCACGUCGCUGUCGCUCCAGACGGUAACGGUGGUCUCUAUGCAGCUACACGAGCCCCACUAUCUUCGGCAGACAAAUCACAUACAGUCCUCUCAGAUCUCUCCAAGCGCAAAGUACUCUACGUGCACGCGUACUGCGUCGACAACUGUCUCGUCAGGGUAGCCGAUCCCGUCUUCCUCGGUUAUAGUAUCGCAAAGCAAGCUGAUUGCGCCGCUAAAGUCGUUCCGAAAACCCAGCCCACCGAGUCUGUUGGUGUAGUGGCCUACCGCGGCAACAAGCCCGGUGUUGUCGAGUAUUCUGAAAUCUCGAAGGAGCAGGCGGAAAGAAGGGAUGAGAACAGCGAGCUAGUUUUUCGAGCUGGGAACAUCGCGAAUCAUUUCUACACCACCCAGUAUCUAAAUUCAGUGGAGACGUUUGAGGAGGAGCUGGCAUUCCAUAUCGCACGCAAGAAGAUUCCUCAUGUCGACAUGGAGACCGGCGAGCUCGUCAAGCCUACCAAGACAAAUGGUAUGAAACUGGAGAUGUUUGUUUUCGACGUUUUCCCAUACACGGAACGAUUCACUGUGUUGGAGGUUGAGCGCAGAGAAGACUUUAGUCCGCUGAAGAACGCCCCAGGAACAGGUUCCGAUGACCCCGAGACCAGUCGUCGUGACCUGCUUUCCCAGCAUAGACGCUUCUUGGAGAAGGCAGGAGCUACAGUGCAGGAUGGCGUGGAGAUCGAGAUUUCACCCUUGGUCAGUUACGCAGGGGAGGGUCUCGAGCCUGUUAAAGGAAAAACUUUCACGAGAUCAGGCAUUGUUGAAGGAGUUGAAGAGUUGGACGCGUUGGUGUAAUAUACCUCAUUCUGUUAUUUUGAACUUGGACAGGACCUUUGCAUGGACUUUAUACUUCGCAUUUGCAGUCGUAAUGUAUCUUAGCAGUGUCAACUAGGCACAUGUUCAUCUGGCACCUUCUUCUGCGUCGUGGUGGGUACUGUUCGCGGUACUCUCUUCUCAAGCUCUUCCCGCAGGGAGGCGAAUAGUCGCUGGGUUCGUUCAGCAUUGGGCU